GCCGGUGCCUUGCUGCCCCGCUGUCCCGCUGCCCUGCCGUCCCGCCUGCCGCGGGCCCUCCCGCGCCCCAGCGCCAUGUGUCGGGGGGCUCUGCCCCGGGCCCUGCUGCUGCUGCUGCCGCUGCUGCCGCUCGCCCUGCGCGGCGCGGCCGCCUCCCGCCCCAGCUUCGUGCUGGUGCUGGCGGACGAUCUGGGCUUCGGGGACCUGGGGAGCUACGGGCACCCCUCCUCCAGCACCCCCUUUCUCGACCGGAUGGCUUCCCAAGGGCUGCGCUUCACCAGCUUCUACAGCAGCUCCCCGGUGUGCAGCCCUUCCCGGGCAGCUCUGCUGACAGGACGCUUCCAGAAUGCGCUCUGGGGUCUUCCUGGGGUCUUUGACCCCGACUCCCGGGGGGGGCUGCCGCUCUCUGAGGUCACCAUUGCAGAGGUGCUGAAGGCUGAGGGCUAUGCCACGGCCAUGGUUGGCAAGUGGCACCUGGGCCUGGGGACAGAUGGCUCCUUCCUGCCCACCCACCAGGGCUUUGACCACUUUCUGGGGGUGCCUACUCCCAUGACCAGGGCCCCCUGCCAGAACCUCACCUGCUUCCCACCUGACAUCAAGUGUUUUGGGCGUGUUGACCAGGGGCUGGUGCCAGUGCCACUGCUCUGGAACCAGAGCAUCGUGCAGCAGCCUGUCUCCUUCCCAAGACCUGGUGCCUCUCUACAACAAAUUCUCCGGGACUUCAUUGCUGACUGCAGACGUCGAGUCCCCUUCCUGCUCUACUAUGCCUCACACCACACCCACUACCCCCAGUUUGCCAGCCAGCAGUACACUGGGCACUCUCGGCGUGGGCCCUUUGGUGACGCCCUGCUGGAGUUUGAUGGCUCUGUGGGACAGCUGCUGCAGGCACUGCAGGACAACGGGCUUGCCAAACAAACCUUGGUGUUCUUCACCUCUGACAAUGGCCCCUCCACCGUGCGGAUGGCACGAGGGGGCAGCUCUGGCCUUCUGAAGUGUGGGAAGGGCACGACCUACGAAGGUGGCAUGAGGGAGCCAGCGGUGGCUUAUUGGCCAGGCAAAAUCACUCCAGGAGUGACACAUGAGCUGGCGAGCACCCUGGACAUCCUGCCGACCCUGACUGCCCUGGCUGGAGCAGCUCUUCCCAAAGUUGUCCUGGAUGGCUAUGACCUGAGCCCGGUGCUGUUUGGGUCAGGGAAGAGUCCCCGACAGAUGAUGUUCUUCUACCCCCCAUCCCCUGACCCUCUGCGUGGUCCCUUUGCUGUCAGGCUUGGCAAAUACAAGGCCCAUUACUUCACACAAGGUUCCUUUCACAGCGAUACGACCCCAGACCGGGCCUGCCACGGGCUGACCCCGCUGGCCCAUCACUCCCCCCCGUUGCUUUUUGAUUUGGAGUCAGACCCUGCUGAGAACUAUGAUCUGCUGCAGAGCAGCGCAGGGCCGGAGGUUCUGCAAGUCCUGCAGGAGAUCGAAAUGCAGAAAAUGCUUUUUGAACAGCACAUGGAGUUUGGGGAAAGCCAGAUGCAGAAGGGCAGGGAUCCAACCCUGCAGCCCUGCUGCGCACCAGCCUGCGUGCCAAAGCCUUCCUGCUGCCAUUGCUCCUAGCUUCCUGCUGCCCCAUCCACUCUGCACUGGAGCCCCCCCACCUGAAACCCACCCCAGCCUUGGAGCUGCCCUGCAGCCUUGGCUCAGGGACCUCCCUCACAGGGUCCUGGGGUAGCAAACUCUGGGUCAGCAACUCCGCUGGAACUGGAGUCAGGGGACCCUGCGCUCUGUCUUGGAUGGUCAUGCUGAGGCUUUGCUAUGGUUUGAGGGGCCAAGGAUAAUUUUCUGGUAGUGAUCCGAGGCCCUAGAGAGGUCUUGAAGGGCCCAGAGGGGUGGAACAGGCAGGGGUCAGAAUUCCCCCCCAUCUCCUGGCAUCCUCUCUCAAAGCCCAGAGGAUGGGCAGCCCAGCCCCUGCCUGCUCCUUCCUUCCUGCUGCUGGGCUGCUCUGGAGUUCUUCAGCAGAGGCUUCUCUCGUGUCAUCAGCUGGUCUGUGCUUGGCAAGAUACAAAUCCAUCAGGUGCUGGGGGCAGCUGGGGACCCCUCCCCUGCUGCAAGGGACCCUCGGACACUGUGAGCAUCAAGCUCAGAUUUUGUAAAGACUUGUACAUAACUGUUCCUCAUCCCGUGUGUUACUGCCCUUCCCUGUGCCAGUAAACUCCUUCCAGUUUUGAUUUUCAA